AUGUUUCGUUCUCUUGUCUUUAAAUCUCCUAGAGGAACGCAGUCUCUUGGGACUCAAAAGAACGGUCUUCCAUUUUUUGAUGCAGACCAAUUUUCAAAUUUGUUGAUAAAAGAAGGUUUCUCGCCUGCCCAAUCUCGCACUGUGAUUCACGCUUUGGAUGAUGUGGUGAAUGAGAGUAUAAUUACUACUUCGAGUGACCUGGUUACCAAAGAUGACCAACAAAAGACAAUUCAGGGAUUUAAGCAGAAUUUCAGUCGGCUCAAGUCCGAGAUUCAGCAAAAGGAACGUCGUGAUGUAGAUGAAAUCAAGACGAUGAAUGACCAACUCAAGAGCGAGAUAGCCAAGUUGCGCAAAUCGCUCCAACAGGAGAUUGUACGCAGUCAGGCGGGUGUUCGACUAGACUUGAAUCUUGAAAAGGGUCGAAUUCGGGAUGAAUCGAUCAACCAGCACAAACGACUUGAAAAAACCGAUCAAAAGAUGGAAGAAGAAAUAAAGGCCCUACGAGGUCAAAUGAGAGGUAUCAAACUCCAAAUUCUACAGUAUUUAAUGGGUACCAUUACUGGAGGAGGUACAUUAGUAUUAGGCUAUAUUCACUUUGCAAGCUGA